CUCAUUUCAGGAUAUAAUGGGCACAGAGUAUUCGCAGGCAGGGCUCUGGGCAAUCAAGUUACGUUGGAGCCCAACUUAAACCAGCCGGGGUGGUGGAGGAAGCCCUUAAACCGUGGAAGCCUGUAGUGUGGAUGGCCAGUUGUUAUCGGAAUCUCAGGCCCGUGGGUGCAUGAACAGCAGAGGAGGGUAUUUGAGUGCGCACGUGAGAGAAUGUUGUAUAUGUCAGAUGGGGAAUGUUUGAGAGUGUGUGACAGAGAAACUGCGUGUGAGAGGCUGGGAUGUGCCUCCUUGACGGUGGGUGCUGUUGUGAGGCUGUGACAGGUGAGUGAGUGGCUGUGCUUGCGUGACGGGGAUAUGAGGUGCUUGUCCUUUUCGUGUACGUUGAUUGCGGUGGCACUGCGCUGUCACUUUGAGUCGUGGCUGUAGGUUCCCGGCUGCUUCUUCUCCCUCCUCACAGCUGCUUGCGGCUGACACACACAAAAAAUGUCUGCAAGAGGGAAGUUGGAUACUGAACUCUACAUCAAGUUUUCCAGCAAGAAGACAUUGACUUGCUGUGAGAUUGGAAACGCCUGGGAGGUUAUUUCGUUGUGAGCUCUGAGAGCGAGCUACCUGUCUGAGAACCUCGUCUUUCCCAGAGCUCUGACCCCAGGAACUUGCUGUGAACUUAUACCCAGAUUCCAGCCUCUCUCCUACCUCCAUGUGUUUUAACAACAGAGAAGGCGUGGAGGAUAUUGUGUAAGGAGGCAUUCCGUGUUUCAAGGAAAGGCCUGAUAACUCAUGAUUCUUUUCUCCCUCCCUGGUCCUGCUAUUCCUCAAAAGGACUGUGAUGAGGAGGAAAAAAAUUCUUUCACAUCUAAAAAUCAAUGUUUAGGCUAGUUGGCUUUUUUCCCUCCUAAGAUUACUGGUUUUAGAGUAUGCUUUACUUCAUCUGAAAUGUGUCUGAAUGUCCUAAUACUAAUCUGCUUUCUUUCCAGUAGAUGUUGGGAGCCAUUGAGCUGAAUCUCAUUAACAUUCUCAUAUUUGUCCAGGUGUGGUGGCUCACGCCUGUAAUCCCAGCAUUUUGGGAGGCCAAGGCGGGCGGAUCACUUGAGGUCAGGAGUUCGAGACCAGCCUGGCCAACAUGACGAAACCCCAUCACUACUAAAAAUACAAAAAUUAGUCUGGCGUGAUGGUGCAUGCUUGUAAUCCCACCAUCUUGGCCAGGCUGGUCUCGAACUCCUGACCUCAUGAUCCACCCACCUCGGCCUCCCAAAGUGCUGGGAUUACAGGCGUGAGCCACCGUGCCCAGCCUUAUGUGGAUUAUUUUACUUCAUCUUCAGACUAUUUUAUAUGCUAAAUGACAUUCUCUCCCAAUUUACCAAUGAGACUUUAAGACACAUUUUAUUAAGUAUCAGAGCUUAAAUCUGAAAGUCAUAUCCUAAAAGACUAACAACAGAGUUUGUAUUAGUUACUUCAAGAGACCACCUCUUAAAUAUUACUUUUUUUUUUAAUUUUUUGAGACGGAGUCUCGCUCUGUCGCCCAGGCUAGAGUGCAGUAGCGCGAUCUCGGCUCACUGCAAGCUCUGCCUCCUGGGUUCACGCCAUUCUCCUGCCUCAGCCUCUCCAAGUAGCUGGGACUACAGGUGCCCACCACCACGCCCAGCUAAUUUUUUGUAUUUUUAGUAGAGCCUGGGUUUCACCGUGGUCUCCAUCCCCUGACCUCGUGAUCCGCCCGCCUCGGCCUCCCAAAGUGCUGGGAUUACAAGCGUGAGCCACCACGACCGGCUUUUUUUUUUUUUUUUUUUUUUUUUGAGACAGAGGCUUGCUCUAUGGCCAGGCUGGAGUGCAGCGGCGCAGUCUCGGCUCACUGCAACCUCUGCCUCCCAAGUUCAAGCGAUUCCCCUGCCUCAGCCUCCUGAGGUCCAUUAUAUCAUUAUUAUGUCUUUGCAUCCUCAUAGCUUAGCUUCCACUCAUAAAUGAGAACAUGUAAUGUUUGGUUUUCCAUUCCUGAGUUACUUCACUUAGAAUAAUGGUCUCCAACUCCAUUCAGGUUGCAUCCAAUGCUGUUAUUUCAUUCCUUUUUAUGGCUGAGUAGUAUUCCAUAGUGUAUAUAUAUGUGUACACACACCAAAUUUUCUUUAUCCACUUGUCAAUGAGCAUUUAGGCUGGUUCCAUAUUUUUGCAGUUGUGCUGCUAUAAACAUGUGUGUGCAAGUGUCUUUUUCAUAUAAUUACUUCUGGCUGGGUGCAGUGGCUCACACCUGUAAUCCCAGCAUUUUGGGAGGCUGAGGCCAGCGGAUCACUUAAGGCCAGGAGUUCCAGACCAGCCUGGCCAACAUGGUGAGACUCCUGUCUCUAUCAUUGAAAAAUAAAAUAAAAUAAUUUUAUAUAAUGACUUCUUUUCCUCUGGGUAGAUGCCCAUUAAUGGGACUGCUGGAUCAAAUGGUACUUCUACUUCUAGUUUUUUAAGGAAUCUUCAUACUGUUUUUCAUAGUGGUUAUACUAGUUUUCAUUCCCACUAGUAGUGUAGAAGUGUUCUCUCUUCACCACAACCAUGGCAACAUCUAUUCUCUUUUGAUUUUUUAAAUUAUGGUCAUUCUUAGAGCAGUAAGAUGGUAUCACAUUGUGAUUUUUAUUGGCAUUUUCCUGAUCAUUAGUCAUGUUGAGCAUUUUUUCAUAUGUUUGUUGGCCAUUUGUAUAUCUUCUUUUGAGAAUUGUCUAGUCAUAUCCUUAGCCUACUUUUUGAUGGGAUUAUUUGUUUUUUUUCUUGCUGAUUUGUUUGAGUUCCUUGUAGAUUCUGGAUGUCAGUCCUCUGUUGGAUGUACAGUUUGUGAAUACUUUUUCGUAUCCCGUGGGUUGUCUGUUUACUCUGCUGAUUAUUUCUUUUGCUGUGCAGAAGCUUUUUAGUUUAAUCAAGUCCCAUCUAUUUAUCUUUGGUUGUGUUGCAUUUGCUUUUGGGUUCUUUCUUGGUCAUGAACUCUGCCUAAGCCAAUGCCUAGAAGAGUUUUUCCAAUGUUAUCUUGUAGAAUUUUUAUGGUUUCAGGUCUUAGAUUUAAGUCUUUGAUCCAUCUUGAGUUGAUUUUUCUCUAAGGUGAGAGAUGAAGCUCCAGUUUCAUUCUUCUACACGUGGCUUGCCAAUUAUCCCGCACCAUUUUUUGAAUAGUGUGUCCUUUCCCCACUUUAUGUUUUUGUUUACUUUGUUGAAGAUCAGUUGGCUGUAAGUAUUUGGCUUUAUUCUGGGUUCUCUAUUCUCUCCCAUUGGUCUACAUGCCUGUUUUUAUACCAGUACCAUGCUGUUUUGGUAACGAUUGCCUUGUAGUAUAGUUUGAAGUCAGGGAAUGUUAUGUCUCCAGAUUUGUUCUUUUUGCUUAGUCUUGCAUUGACUAUGCGGGCUCUUUUUUUGUUCCGUUUGCAUUUUAGGAUUGUUUUUUCUAGUUCUGUGAAGAAUGGUGAUUGUAUUUUGAUGGAAAUUGCAUUGAAUUUAUAGAUCGCUUUUGGCAAUAUGGUCAUUUUCGCCAUGCUGAUUCUACCCAUCCAUGAGCAUUGGAUAUGCUUCCAUCUGUUUGUGUCAUCUAUGAUUUCUUUCAGCAGUGUUUUGUAGUUUUCCUUGUAGAGAUCUUUCACCUCCUUGAUUAGGUAUAUUCCUAAGUUUGUUUGUUUUUGUUUUGUUUUGUUUUGUUUGUUUUUGCAGCUGUUGUAAAAGAGAUUGAGUUCUUGAUUUGAUUCUCAGCUUAGCUGAUGUUGGUAUAUAGCAAUGCUACUGAUUUGUGUACAUUAAUUUUGUAUCUUGAAACUUUACUGUAUUUAUCAGAUCUAGGGGCUUUUUGGAUGAGUCUUUAGGGUUUUCUAGGUAUAUGAUUAUAUCAUCGGCAAACAGCAAGUUUGACUUCCUCUUUACCAGUUUGGAUGUCCUUUAUUUCUUUCUCUUGUCUGAUUGCUGUGUCUAGGACUAGUCACUACUUUAAAAUGCCAAUAAUUCAGCAAGGACCAUAAGCUGUAAAUAGGAACGGGUAAGUCAGUGUAUAGUGAAGACCACUAGAGAGAUUCAGGUGGUGUGCCUUGGGAAUUCAUGUGGAGGUGGCAUUGAUUAGAUUCUGGUCAUCAUUGUAACUAAGCCCAUGGAAUCUAUGUGGAAGUUAUUGAAUAUAUUCUGUAAGCUUUUACUAUCUAAUUUUUUCUUCAAGUGAUGUUAGAUAAAAAGUGAAACCAGGCCAGGCGUGGUAGCUCAUGCCUGUAAUCCCAACACUUUGGGAGGUCUAGGAGGGAAGAUCUCUUGAGCCUAGGAGUUUGAGACCAGCCUAGGUAACAUAGUAAGACUCUGUCUCCAAAAAAAAUUUUUUUAAUUAGCCAGGCAUGGUGGUGCACACCUUUAGUCCCAGCCACUCAGGAGGCUGAGGCAGUAGGCUUACUUGAACCUAGAAGCUUGAGUUUGCAGUGAGCUAUGAUUACACCACUGUACUCCAGCCUGGGUGACAGAGCAAGACCCCUGCCCUUUAAAAAAAAAAAAAAAAAAGAGAGUUUAGCAGUAGUCUGGAUGACACUGUAUGUGUGUGUGUACACAUGUAUUUUUUAAGUUAAUGUAUGAACAAUGUUAAAAUGAUUAUGAAAUAUAUUCAAAAAAGAAAAUCAAGAUAGCAACUAAAAGAAAAGUAAUGGUAACAUAUGAUCAUGUUAUAAUGUAACAGAAUAAAUAAAUUACCAGACUUUCUCAAUGUAUUGAUGUCCUACAGCCUGUGCCUCAAUGCUUGUCUGUCUUUUUAAUGAUCCAAUGAUAUUGCACAUUCUGUUUUUUUCAUCUUAAUUUUCUGUGGACAGUAUAUCUAAAAUUUUUAAAUUUUAUUAAAUACAUUUCCCUACUUAGCAUCUGAUAGCUUCUUGGUAUUCUAUUACAUGUAUAUUUUGUCUUUAGCAAGGCAGUUUGUACUCAACACAGAACCAGGCCUAAGCAUUUCCUCCUGUGCUGUGUUCUCACUCAUAUUUUGACCAAUUUCAACUGAUUCUGAUGCCAUAGAAGAGGUUCUAGUUUGAGGCCAGGCGUGGUAGCACAUGCCUGUAAUCUGAAUAGUUUGGGAGGCCAAGGCGGAUAAAUCACCUGAGGCCAGGAGUUCAAGACCAGCCCCGCCAACAUAAUGAAACCCCGUCUCUACUAAAAAUACCAAAAAAAUUAGCUAGGUGUGGUGGUGCACACCUGUAGUCCCAGCUUGGGUGGCUGAGGCAGGAGAAUCGCUUGCCUGGGAGGCAGAUGUUGCAGUGAGCCGAGAUCUCACCACUGCACUCCAGCCUGGGCAACAGAGCGAGACUUCAUCUCAGAAAAAAAAAAAAAAAAAAAGCUUCUAGUUUAAACGAUAAGUCCUCCCUCAGCCUUGGAAGGUGGGAAUGAAGGCAAGUAAAUUUUCUCAUGGAGAAACUGAGCAGCCUAAUCUCAAGUCUAGAUCAGCCUUCCCAAAUUGGAGGCUUGUCUAGAAAACCUCUUGCUAUCUUGUCUGGAUCUGGCUUUAGUGAGCCGGUGACUUACUCUAAAACUACCUUUGUAUAGCUGGGUUUCCUGGGGUGUGAGGGAGUGCUUAGAUUCAUUGUCUGUUUUUCCCUAAGUUAUGUGUUCAGUUGUGAGGGAUUAAUUUGGAAGGAGAAAUGGAGGAGCAGAAAGAUUUUAUUAAAUUAAGUCAUAUUGGGAACACUAACAUCUCUUUUCUUCUCUCAGCUCUGGAUUCUCUGGAGUUUGAAUGUUUCCAGUAUUGGAACCCCACCGAGUAGGACUGAUCAGGUCUUACAAUUCUAAAACCAUGACCUGUAAUUAUUGGAGAUAAACCAUGGAUCUUGCCAAGGAAUUACUGAGAGACAAGUUUUUAUUUUGUGGUUGAAUAUGUUCUGCUGAACUUGGGAGACAUCUUUUUGAUUAUGAGUCAUCCUAUAUCAGUAUCCAUUCUGGAACAAGAAAAGUAUUAAGUGAUGGAAAAUGGUGAUGAAUGAGAAUAUUAUCCUAAGGAGUAAAUAUGUUGAUUUCCAGAACUGGGGAAGACCUUUGAAGUUUUGUCCAACAAAGUAUAUGAAGUUUCAGGAAUUAGUGACAUUCAGGGAUGUGGCCAUAGACUUCUCUCGACAGGAGUGGGAAUACCUGGACCCUAAUCAGAGGGACUUAUACAGGGAUGUGAUGUUGGAGAACUAUAGAAACCUGCUCUCACUGGGAGGACAUUCCAUUUCUAAACCAGUUGUGGUUGAUUUACUGGAGCGAGGAAAAGAGCCCUGGAUGAUUUUGAGGGAAGAAACAGAGUUCACAGAUUUGGAUUUACAGUGUGAGAUAAUCAGCUACAUAGAAGUACCCACUUAUGAAACAGAUAUAUCCUCUACACAACUUCAGAGCAUAUAUAAGAGAGAGAAACUCUAUGAAUGUAAGAAAUGUCAGAAGAAAUUUAGUAGUGGUUAUCAACUUAUUCUACAUCACAGGUUUCAUAUUAUUGAGAGACCCUAUGAAUGCAAAGAGUGUGGGAAGAACUUUCGUAGUGGCUAUCAACUUACUCUACAUCAAAGAUUUCAUACUGGUGAGAAACCCUAUGAAUGUACAGAAUGUGGGAAGAACUUUAGAAGUGGUUAUCAGCUGACUGUGCAUCAGAGAUUUCAUACUGGUGAGAAAACCUAUGAAUGUAGGCGGUGUGGGAAGGCCUUUAUAUAUGCCUCACACAUUGCUCAACAUGAGAGAAUUCACACUGGUGGGAAGCCUUAUGAAUGUCAGGAGUGUGGGAAGGCCUUUAGUCAAGGUGGACACCUUAGAAUUCAUCAGAGAGUUCAUACUGGCGAAAAACCAUAUAAAUGUAAGGAAUGUGGGAAGACUUUUAGUAGGCGCUCAAAUCUUGUUGAACAUGGGCAGAUUCAUACUGAUGAGAAGCCAUACGUGUGUGAGAAAUGUGGAAAAGCCUUUAGAAGAGGUCACCAACUUACCAUACAUCAGAGUGUUCACACUGGUAAAAAGCCAUAUGAGUGUAAAGAAUGUGGGAAGGGCUAUACCACUGCCUCGUACUUUCUUCUACAUCAGAGAAUUCAUAAAGGUGGAAAACCCUAUAAGUGUAAGGAGUGUAAGAAAACCUUUACUUUGUAUAGAAAUCUUACUCGGCAUCAGAAUAUUCAUACCGGUGAGAAACUUUUUGAAUGCAAGCAAUGUGGGAAGACCUAUACUACUGGUUCAAAACUCUUUCAACAUCAGAAAACUCAUACUGGCGAGAAACCCUAUGAAUGCAAGGAAUGCGGAAAGGCCUUUAGCUUGUAUGGCUACCUUAAACAACAUCAGAAAAUUCAUACUGGCAUGAAACGCUUUGAAUGUAAGGAGUGUAAAAAAACCUUUACUUUGUAUAGAAAUCUUACUCGACAUCAGAAUAUUCACACUGGUAAGAAACUUUUUGAAUGUCAGGAAUGUGGGAAGGCCUAUAGUACUGGCUCAAACCUUAUUCAACAUCAGAAAACUCAUACUGGUGAGAAACCCUAUAAAUGUAAGGAAUGCGGAAAGACUUUUAGCUUGCAUGGAUAUCUUAAUCAACAUCAGAAAAUUCAUACUGGUGUGAAACCCUAUGAAUGUAAGGUAUGUAGAAAAACCUUUACUUUCUAUAGAAAUCUUACUCUACAUCAAAGUAUUCAUACUGAUGAGAAACCUUUUGAAUGUAAGGAAUGUGGGAAGACCUUUAGACGUAGUUCACACCUUACUGCACAUCAGAGCAUUCAUGCUGAUAAAAAACCCUAUGAAUGUAAAGAAUGUGGAAAGGCUUUUAAAAUGUAUGGCUACCUUACCCAACAUCAGAAAAUUCAUACUGGUGGAAAACCUUAUGAAUGUAAAGAAUGUGGGAAGGCCUUCAGUCGUGCUUCAAACCUUGUUCAACAUGAGAGAAUUCAUACUGGUGAGAAACCCUAUGUGUGUAAGCAGUGUGGGAAAACCUUCAGAUAUGGUUCAGCCCUUAAAGCCCAUCAGGGAAUUCAUAGGAGCAUAAAAGUGUAAGACCGUAAAGAGUGCGAGUGUGCCAUUCAUCAUCAGACAGUCCACGCUGGUGAGAAAUGAUGGAAUGUUAGUCUUAUAGGUAUGGCUUUAGCAAUUGAGAGAGUUCAAAAUGCAGUUCUUGCCACAUUAGAAAGCAUUCAAUGUCAGUCCUGUUUUAAUGGAAUAUCUGACUAUUCAAUGGUAAAUUAAGAAAAAAAAAAAAAAAAGGAAUCCCAGUUUCUUCACGCCUGCAGCAUCCAUAGCAUGGAUUUUUUUAAAAAAGACUUAGUAAUUAAGGCCGGGCGCGGUCGCUCAGGCCUGUAAUCCCAGCACUUUGGGAAGCCGAGGCGGGUGGAUCACAAGGUCAGGAAAUCGAGACCAUCCUGGCUAACACAAUGAAACCCCAUCUCUAUUAAAAAUACAAAAAAUUAGCUAGGUGUGGUGGCAGGCGCCUAUAAUCCCAGCUACUUGGGAGGCUGAGGCAGGAGAAUAGCGUGAACCCAGGAGGCAGAGCUUGCAGUGAGCAGAGAUGGCGCCACUGCACUCCAGCCUGGGCAACAGAGCGAGACUCCGUCUCAAAAAAAAAAAAAAAAAAACUUAUUAAUUAAAAGGGUGACCAAAAGCCUUUCAUACUAGAUUUCAGUGGCUGUAUUACAAAUUACCCCAAGUCUUAAUGUCUUACCACAACAAUAACUAUCACUCAUAGGUUCUGAGGGUCAGAAAUUCGGAAGAGGCUUAACUGAGUGCUUUUGAAUUGGUUUUUCCAUGAGCUUGCGGUCUUCCGAAGGCUUGUUGGGGCUGAAGGAUCUGUUUUCCAGGUGGCUCGCUCACACUGGCUUGCUGGCUUAGACAGUGAGAGUGCCAGGAGAAAGCUGUGACUUUGGAGCUGUUUUUGUUUGUUUGUUUGUUUGUUUUUGUUUUUUGAGACAGGGUCUUGCUGUAUCACCCAGGCUGGAGUGCAGAGGCAUGAUCAUAUCUCACUGCAGCUUUCAACUUCUGGGCUCAAGCAAUUUGGGUGGCUUCUUGAGCAUAUUUUGCAUAAUGUAGAAAUAUAAGCAAUUUGUACUCAGAGUGCCAGUCAUGGUGUUUUAAAAAUAUGCCCUCAAAUUCUUUGAAACUCUACCCUUCAAACUUGAAGUCUGGCCAGGCACGGUGACUCACGCCUGUAAUCCCAGCACUUUGGGAGACCGAGACCUAGUCAGGCAUGAUGGCUCAUGCCUGUAGUCCCAGCUACUAGGGAGGCUGAGGCAGGAGAAUCGCUUGAACUUGGGAGGCGGAGGCUGCAGUGAGCUGAGAUCGUGCCUCUGCACUCCAGCCUGGGCAAUAGCAUGAGACUCCGUCUCAAAAACAAAAACAACAAGUAAAAAAACCUGAAGUCCAAUUCCCCUCCCUUUGCAUGUGAGCUGAACCUAGUCACUUGCUUCUAAUGAACAGAAUCUUCAGGAUUGCCUUUCCCUGGUGCUCAUGCUCACUUAUUCAUUCACUCUCGUGCAAAUCCGGCCUCCUCUACCUAGGGCUUCUGCAGAGGCUGCUGACAGAACCUUUUAUAGAAGUUUCAUUGAAUGGUGAUUCUCAUAAUUGUCACAUUAGAUAUUGCUGGAGUCUUAACCAAGGGUUUUCAGUAGUCAUGCUCUAUCUGUUCUUUGGAGAACAGAUAACCUGCUGUGAAGUGCCCACUGUGCUCCCUCUCUGAAAUAAUCAUUGUGUUAAUGUUGAGGCCAUGCUUCCCAUGGGCUGCCCCCAGCCCCUUUUCUGAGCAUAACAGAAGUAUUCAUGCUAGUCAAUUCUUAUGAAACCCAGACCCUUCAGCUGGGGAACUGUGAAUCAGCCAGGCUUAAUCUGUCUGCAUACUGCCCUGCGUUUUCAUAGUUUUUCUACCAAUCUUGCUUCAUCCCUCUCCUUCAGAGUCAUCCGUCUUGUACCAUGGCCUGAAGGCUUUCACUGCCUUUCCUGGACCUCUUUUUCAUUCAUAGCCCCUCCUUCCUUCUGAUCUGAUCUUGUUUUUUGCUUUUCAGAGGAUUAAGAUGAACACAUACCCUAAGGUUACCUACAUACUAUGUUUCCCUAACAGCGCUCUGGAUUAUCUUUGUCCAGAGACCAUUUCUGAAGUUUAGCAUCAUUUGCUUUCUGGAGAGGCUGGGAGUUUCCAAAAGCAAGUCCUGGUUCAGUUCUGUUUAACAAUCUUGUUCUAGCUUAUGUCACUUCUUGCGCUUAAGCAACAAGAAGCAAGACACCUUCAACAUUCUGCUUGGAAGUCUCCUAAGCUAAAUUACCCACUUUUUUUGUUGCUGUUGGUUGUUUGUUUUUGUUUCUUAAAGACACAAUCUUGCUUUGUCACCCAAGUUGGAGUGCAGUGGUGUGAUCAUAGCUCACUACAACCUUGACCUCCUGGGCUCAAGUGAUCCGCCCGUCUCAGCCUCAGGAGUAGCUAGGACUACAAGUGUAUGCACAACUACACCUAGCUAAUUCUUUUUUUUUUUUUUUUUUUUUUUUUCUGGUAGAGAUGAGGUCUCCCUAUGUUGCCUGAGCUGGUCUCAAACUCUUGAUCCUCCUACCUUGACCUCCCAAAGUGCUGGGAUUAUAGCGGGAGCCUGGCCCUGUUACACAGUUCUGUAGGUAUUAUUUUGUACUUUUCACAGUUACCACCUGCAGCAAUGUUGCUUUCUGCUAUUACAUAACAAGAAUCCCUUUCUCCAGUCUCCAGUAACAUUUUUCAGUUUUCUUUAAGCCCUCACUUGGAGCCUCUUCAAAAAUAUCCAGGUUUCAUGGCCGGGCGUGGUGGCUCACGCUUGUAAUCCCAGCACUUUGGGAGGCUGAGGCGGGCGGAUCACGAGGUCAGGAGAUCGAGACCAUGGUGAAACCCCGUCUCUACUAAAAAUACAAAAAAAUUAGCUGGGCGUGGUGGUGGUCGCCUGUAGUCCCAGCUACUCGGAGAGGCUGAGGCAGGAGAAUGGUGUGAACCCGGGAGGCGGAGCUUGCAGUGAGCCGAGAUUGCGCCACUGCACUCCAGCCUAGGCGACAGAGCGAGACUCCGUCUCAAAAAAAAAAAAAAAAAAAAUCCAGGUUUCUGCUAAUAAUAUUGUCCAGGCCCUUCCAAUUUCCACCUAAUCUGUGGUCCCAAUGCCCCUCUGACAUUUGUACCUUUUUGUUUCAAUAGCAUGCCUUGUCUAGGUACCAAAAUCUGUUAUCUCAUGCCACAUUCCAAAGAACCCGAAGAAUUAGUGGCUUAAAAUGCCAAUAAAUGUGUAUUUUUCUCACAGUUUCUGUGAGUCAGAAAUUUGGGAGCAGCUAAGCUAGGCAGUUCUAGCUCCAAGUGUCUCAAGAGGUUGUGCUUAUCUAAAGGCUUGACUCAGCUGGAGGAUAUGCUUUCAAAUGGCUUAGUUCUGUGGCUGAUAAGUUUAUACUGGCAAGUUGCUUCUUCUCCCAAGGGGCCUUGUCCAUAAGCUGCAUGAGUGUGCUUGCGAUGUGACAGUCAGAUGUGAUCCUUUUUAUAAUCUCUCUUUGGAAGUUAGUUCUGCCACAUUCUAUUUGUUCCCAGAAAAUCACUAAGUCUGGCCUACAUUCAAUAAGAGAGGAAUUAAGUUUCACCUCUUUUUUUUUUUUUUUGAAGGCAGGAUCUUUCACUGUCAUCUAGUGGAGUGCAUAUGGCUCACUUCAGCCUCAACCUCCUGGGCUUCAGUGAUCCUCCUGCUUCAGCUUCCCGAGUAGCUGGGACUACAGGUGUGCGUCGUCAUGCCCAGCUAAUUUUUAAAUCUUUUGUAGAGAUGGGGGUCUCACCAACUUGCCCAGGCUUGUCUCAAACUCCUAGGCUCAAGCAGUCUUCCCACAGUGUUCCCAAAGUGCUGAGAUUGUAGGCGUGAACCACUGUGCCCAGCCCACUUUCACCUUUUAAAGAGAGAAAUGUCAAAACAUUUGCAGACAUAUUUUUAUUUUUAAAUCACCACACCUAACACCACUCAAUAAUUGUUGAAGUCUCAAAAAUUAGUACUAAUAAACUAACUUGUUAAUGUCACAUACGCAAUAGUGCUUUUAGCCACAGCACAUGCCUUACCUGUCAUCACUGCCACAUAACUCCCUGUGUGUCAUUGGCCAAGAUAUUUAUCAUCUAUGGGAAUUAUUUGCAAAGUAUAAUCAAGAGCCUACAUGAAACCCAGGCAUGGUGGCGCACACCUGUAGUCCCAGCUACUCGGGAGACUGAGGCGGGAGGAUCACUUGAGGCUAGAGUGUAAGGCUGCAGUGCUCUGUGAUGGUGCCUAUGAAUAGCCACUGCACACCAGCCUGGCUUUUUUAGGCCCCGUCUAAAAAGAAAAAAGGUACAUAAGAGUCCUAUUAUGCAGAUGUGGCCCAAAUUAUACUUGUCAAAACCUGGGAAGACUGUUUGGCAUAUAGCGUUAUGCUCAAUAAAUAUGAGCUUUUGGCCGGGCACAGUGGCUUACGCCUGUAAUCUCAGCAGUUUGGGAGGCCGAGGAGGGUGGAUCAUAUGUCAGGAGAUCAAGACCAUCUGGCUAACAUGGUGAAACCCCAUCUCUACAAAAAAUACAAAAAAUUAGCCGGGCAUGGUGACACGCACCUGUGGUCCCAGCUACUCAGAAAGGCGGAGGCAGGAGAAUCACUUGAACCUGGGAGGCGGAGGUUGCAGUGAGCCGAGAUCGUGCCACUGCACUCCAGCCUGGGUGACAGAGCAAGACUCCGUCUUAAAAUAAAUAAAUAAAUAAAUAUGAGCUAUUAUAGAUAUCGUCA